CAAGAUGGCCGUUCUUUAGUGCAAAAUAUAACUUCUUGCACGUGGAAAUAAACUUAACUUUAAAGCCUCUGGAACUGUACAAAUUUGUCAAGAAAUACUAUUCUUGCUUUCUUUUAAAGGCAGAGGUAAUUUUGUCAUUUUUUUAGUGCGAGAAGGGCCUUGUUUAGUUGCAUAAAUUGUAGUGAUAAAUAUUACUUUCUUUUUUUAUAAUAAAACUUCAGUCCUUUAUUUACACGGUCUUUUAUAUGUUUUUGUUUUAGGUUUUGGUGCCGCGAGUUCAUUUAACUGUUGCAGACAAUUGUGUUCACAUCUAUUAGCCUUUAUAUACUAUGGUAUGAGGAUAAAUUUGGAAUGCAGCUAUUCAUUUUGCUGUUUGAUGUUUUAUAGUUUAGUAUAAAUAUAUGGAUAUAUAAAUAUACGCAUAUUUCAGGGUUAGAGGCAAAUGUUUGUUCAUUGUCUGAAGGAUUUUAAGGCAAACAGAAAGGAGUUAACAAUCCAGUUCUGCUGUAGGAAGUCUGCGCAGCGCGAUUGUGCUUGUCUGAAGCUAAUUUCGGCAUACAAUAGUCAAUUGUACGUCUGUAUGCCUAUGUCACAGAAUAGGGUACACAGAAAGCUGACUUCUUGGUUUUCCUAUGAUUUUGGCGUAACCCGUAAUUUGUCUUCAAAUGCUGACAGCCUGACACCAUGGUCCUAGCCAGUGCGUGUUUGAGAGGCAUUCACCCCCCUGAUAAUAUUCAAAAUGGCAGACGUCCAGGGGGGGAUGCCUCUCAAACAUGCACUGGCUAGGACCUUGGCGUCAGCAUUUUGAUGAUGAAUCAUGGUGUGGCAGCUGUUACUCGAGUCGACCUUCUGUGUACCCUAAUUCUGUGCCUAUAUUUUAAGCCUUGCUACUGUAGAAUACCUUGUUCCUAGCCUGUGCCCCCCUCUCCCUGUAAUGUUUAAAUCAAGCAUUCUAUUUUGAAUGUUUAUGCAGGAGUGACUGCGUUUUGUUAGUGCACUGGCUAGCAAACCUAGAAACACUCCCCAAAAUCUAAAGUCCUAGCAAUUAAAGACCUUGCUAUUUGUUGAUGCAAGGACCUAAGGCCUAAAAAAAUACCUGUUUUCCGGUUCCCGACCGACCCUAUUUUUUUCUGCCGACCAUAUUAUUUUUUCAGACGUGAUUGACCGUGCAACCCUAUUUUCUCCCGGUGGUUGCAGGCUACUCGUACAGUGUGCAAAAUGGCCUAAAUUUGUCCAUAGGAAAUACACAACUCUAGUUAAUAUUGAUGUUGGGACUCUACUGCAAGUUGCCCAGCAAAAAAUCGCCAAAACCAUGAAAACAUAUUUUUAAAAAAAUGUAUUUCCUACCCUAAUUCUUCACAAUAUGAAACCGGAACCACUACACUUUAUCAAUUUUAGUUAUUUCAACUUAUUAUUGAUGUUUUAUUUAGUCUUCAGGUCUUCCUCCAACAUCCAAUCCAUCAGGAUUUCCCCCACCACCCAUGCCCCCCAUGAUCCCUGGCAUGAUGGUAAGCAUGGAUAAGUUAGGACAUCAGUAAGUUAGGACAUCGAUAAGUUAGGAUAUUAGUAAGUUAGGACAUGGAUAAGUUAGGAUAUUAGUAAGUUAGGACAUGGAUAAAUUAGGAUAUUAGUAAGUUAGGACAUCGAUAAGUUAGGAUAUUAGUAAGUUAGGACAUGGAUAAGUUAGGAUAUUAGUAAGUUAGGACAUGGAUAAGUUAGGACAUGAUCUCAAAACAUCACUAAAUGUAUGCAAAAUUUGAAACUGGUAUCAUUAGGAUACUAGGAUAUUGCAAAUCUCAAACCCUGCUUCCACAUGUUAAUGCAAUCUGCCACGCUUCCUAUGCAUGACUUUCAACCUCCAGUGUUGUAAAAGCGAGUCUUGUCAUCUCUUUCUAGAUGCCACCGAAUAUGAGUGCAAUGCCACCGGCAGGAUUUAUGCCACCGGGGAUGCCUGGUUUUCCAGGGUUACCUCAAGGAGCCGGCUUUCCCCCAAUACCGGGCAUGCCAAUGUUCAACCCUCAUGUAAUGCAAGCAGCAAUGGCCAGUGCCUUCCAGGCGGCCAUGCCUGGCCUUCCUACAACCGUCCCCAGUGCAGGUUGGUUUUUUCACAAUUUUUGCCGACCGAGGGGCAAAAGAUCCAAAGGGUGAAGCCCUUGGAAUCUUAGCAAUGUCAACCUUCACCUUUUAGAGCAGCUCAAAUUGAAACAGCUUAAAAAGUAUGUUUAGUGCUAUAUUUGUAAAGUAAUGCUAAAAUCAGGAGAUUUUAGAUGGCAUGCCGAAGAGAAAAUGAUGUCUGAAGUUCAGUAAGUUUUGCUUAUAUUGCUGUAUAAGUAUGGCGUCAAUUUUACAGCAUCAAUGAUAAUUGUAUUUAAGUUAACAAUAUUUAACUGUUAUUUUGUGUUUCUCAACCACCAGAUACAUUUAAAAAGGUUGCUAAUUGUGUAAAUUACAAAAUAAAUCUAAAACAAAGUAAUUCGAGAGGAAUGCUAAAACGAUUUUAGGUUUCAAACACUUUUUAUCAGAAGUACAACUCGCAACAUUGAUCGGUUGAGUAUGAUUGAGUUUUGAGUCCGUUUCCUCUGCUUUUAUUGACAAUGGUUGCCUGUUCUUUCUAUGUAGUCCCAGCAAUUCAACAACCAGCUCCGAUGCCAAAACCAGCCUCGCCUGUGCCAGAAACUCCCCAGGCUCCCGUGGCUGAAAUGAAAGAUGAGAAAAGUCAAGAAGAAUUGGAAAAAGAAGAAGAACGCAAGAGACUACGUGAAGAGAGAGUACGUUCUAACUUCGCUCUCAUAUUCGCUCUCGUAUUCACCUGAGUACAAUUAAAACCAACACACACAAAAAAUAUCAUUGAAUUUUAUUAUUUGUGAGAUCCACUUUAACAUUAUUGACCUUGUUUUAUCCACCCGCAUAGAAAAAGGCUGCGAUGGUUUGGAGUGAGCAUAAAGCACCAGAUGGAAGAACAUACUACUACAACUCAGAGACAAAACAAUCAUCAUGGCAGAAACCUAAUGACUUAAAGACAAAUGCAGAGGUGAUGUUUUGAUGUCUGCAAAGGCUGUGCCAUAUCACCCAGCCACAGGCUCACGAUACAGUUACACCAUAGAUAUCUUAUAUAGACUAGAUAGCACAUCUCUUUUAGUAAAAUUGAAGCCAAGAAUAUUCCAGCGGUUACCCCCAUUUGAAUAGAUGGCGGCCAUGUUGAAGUUAAUAAACGCUUAAAAGACAACAAUAACUUUCAUCAUUUGAAUAGUUUGAAAAUGUAUUUGAAAUAGGUUUAACUUAAUGUUUAAGUUCUCUGUUUAAGAAAUAGAAAACAUACGAAUCUUCUCAUUUCAUGGGAAUAUCUGCAAUCACGGCUUCAAUUUUUGAAUUGCAGAAUAAUUAGAUGCACUAUCUAGUGUAUAUUAUAUAAGAUAUCUAUGAGUUACACAUACUCACAACUGAGGUCGAAAGGCCCAUUUCCAGUCAGGAAAUUUUUUCACAGAAAGAAAAAUGUGGAAAAUGUGGAAAAUGUGGUUGGCCAAAAUGGAAAGUUUUCAACUUUGGACAAUGAUAUUUUCGGGAAAUUUUCAGUCUAUGGAAAUUUUUCUUCAAGAGUGAAAAUGGGCCUUUAGGGUUAGCUUUUGAGGAAGGGAAACCAGAGUAUAUACUCAGCGAAUAAAACCUUACAAAUAGUAAUACAGUGAUAUUUUGAUCUUUAUGAAAUCAAAUUUUUAUUUUUUUAGCGUCUUCUUGACUCGUGUCCGUGGAAGGAACACAAUGCUGAAGGAGGUCGUAUAUAUUAUCACAAUAGUGAAACUAAAGAAUCUACAUGGACGAUACCGAAAGAAUAUGAAGAAUUAAAAGGUACAAUUAUAUAUCUUGUAUACAAAUCCCGCUGUAAGAAUUAAAAGGUACAAUAUAUCGUCUGUACAAAUCCCGCUGCAGUCAGGUCACUUGCUAAAUGUGUUCAGGAAAAGCAAAGCAGCAUCAACUGAAAAUUAUGUUUUAUUUUCCAGAGCGUAUCAAAGUUGAAGAAGAGCUGGACGAGUAUGUUGUUUAAUAUUUAGAACUUGAAAAUGCACUUGUUCGUAAAACGCAGUCAACUCAGAAACUGCAGCUCAGAAAACUUGGGCCUGAUAGGGAUACAACUACCUGAAAAAUACAAGGAGAACUUCGACGUUUCGAGCAAAGGGCCUUCGUCUGGAAAUUAGUAAAAGGACCUUCGCUGGAGUCAAAGUUCUUCUUGUAUUUUUCAAGUAGCUGUAUCCCUGCCAAUCCGAAGCAUUCUUAUUGCCACGACCUACAUUGGUACAGACGCGACUUUCAAGUCAGAUAUACAUGUAUGCCUACUGCAGCUCACAUGAACAUUGGUUGUCUGUUUUAGAGAGGAACGAAAGAGAGAUGAAGAAAGAGAAAUAGAAGAACAGAAAGCAAAAGAAGAGAAGGAACAGGCUGAAGCUGCGAGUGUUACACAGACUGAUGGACCUCAGGCUGCCCCUACUGCAAGGUAUGACCAAUAUGGGAGAUUUUCUUAAUUUUGAAUGAAAUAAGUUUCAAAUAAAAUAGGUACUUUUACCAAGGAUGGAUGGAAACUCAGCUAUAUAUCUUAUCCCUUCAAAUUCCGUUUUCAAAUGCCAGAACUUGGCCAGUAUUGGAGAUUUUCUUAAUUUUGAAUGAAUUCGAAUAAGUUUAAAAUAAAAUAAAGCACUUUUACCAAGGAUGAAUGUAAACUCAGAUAGAUACAGUAUCUUACCCAUCAUCAACAAGGUUAUCAAAAGCACAGUUCAGCCUUUUGAAUGAUGAUUUUUAAGGCGCAUUUCAGCCCUUUUAAUUGAAAAAACUAGGAAAAUCAAUUAUGCAUAAUUCAGGAUCAGUAAACUCAAUGUUUUUAACAUUUUAAACAUUUUUAUUGUUAAAAAACAUUGAGUUUACUGAUCUUGAAUUAUGCAUAAUUGAUUUUCCUAUAGUUAGUUUUUUCAAUCAAAAGUGCUGAAAUGCGCCUUAAAAACCAUCAUUCAAAAGGCUGAAUUGUGCCUUUAAAAUCUUUUCUUAUUGCACGUUACUUGUGCUGGUGUAUUUUCAAAGACCAAUCAUUAUUUUGACAUACAAGCAAAUCUUGUACAACCAAGCAGGGGCAAGAAACCAAAACUAAACUAUGGUUUCAUAAAAUAUCUCUCUGUCCUCAGCGCUGUCACGACAACUGAUGCUUCGUCAUCACCGGCUGCUUUGACGCCAAAGAAAGAUUACGUUUAUGAAACGAAAGAAGAAGCGAAACAAGCUUUUAAAGAACUUUUAAAAGAAAAGGUAAUUACUAAUUUUAUAUACCUAUAAGUUUUUGUUUUGGGCAUUGUAUGGAGCAAGGUGGCCCACUAAUCGGAAAGGAAAUCCCAUAUAAACAGUCCCUGGUUACCAAUCGAUCAUUUUUGGUCAUCUUUCUUUGUCAGGGUGUUUCGUCUGCGAUGAACUGGGACAAUGCAAUGCGAAUGAUCGUCGCUGAUCCGAGAUAUGGAGCUCUGAAGAAAAUGAACGAAAAGAAACAAGCAUUUAAUGAAUAUAAAACACAACGAGCUAACGAAGAAAAGGUAUGAGUUUGAUCACCUUUAUUUCAUAGAAACAGAAGGAUAACUUGGACGCUCAAAAUGUUUUAAAAUACCGAAAUGCAAGUUGACCACAAAGUCCACAAUUCAACUGUAAGUGAACUGCGGCUCAAACAUAAAGCCACGUAUAAACGAGCAAGUUUCCUUGACAACCUCAAUUUUUCGUAUGUACGGUCAACAUACGUUUUCCUUGACAAGUUUACUUUUUCGCGUGUGGUCAACAAGUUUACCUUGACAAGUUUACUUUCUCGUUUUCUUUCCUUGGCGGUCGUACACAAGAACAAAUUUUCCUUGACCAAAAGCUGACAUGACUAGCUUUUAGAACACGACUCCUUGGCAGGGAAAAAUGGUCAAUUUUUUGCCGCACACACGAGCAAAUAAAACUUGUCUCAACUUUUGGUCAAUCUUGCUGCCACAACUUAAUUUUCGCUGAAGUAUAGUAUUCCAAAGGCUGGUUUUCCAAAGGUCGUAGGUUCGAUUCCCACCGUGGCCAGGCAUAUUUUUCAAGCCUGCCCGGUGUGGAUAUAGACCCAUUGCACAUGACGUCACAGCGCCGGCGACGAUGCAUCUGGAGGACAAAUUAGCAAUCUAUGCAUAAUAUAACUUUUGUAAACAAAGCAAAUUUUGCAAAAGCUUAUAAUAAUUUUGUAUUAAAAUGUUUCAUUUUUGGGCUGUAUGUGGUUGUUGUACCCGAACAUAUAUUGUUAGGGAGCAUCUGGAGGACACUCUAAGGAUUUGUGUCGUCAGUGCAAAGGGUCUAUACACUCAGUGUAACAUUACAAGCAUCUUAUUCACCUGAGUACAUUGCACCAACACAGAAAAUAUCACGAAACAUUAUUUCUAAAAUUAAUCUGAAAUCCAAUUAUUCCAGGAAGAGCUUCGUCAGAAAGCACGACAAGCCCGCGACGACCUCCACAAAUUCCUAGAAUACCAUGCCAAGAUGUCAUCGUCAGUACGCUGGCAUCGCGCGACAGAAAUGUUUGAUGGCGAGCCAGCUUGGAACGCGGUGAAGGAGAGGGAACGCAAAGACGUGUUUGAAGAUGUCAUCUUUCUGCUUGCUAAGAAGGAAAAGGAGAGAGAGAAAGAAUUACGAGUGGAGAAUAGAGACUUCAUGAUCUCAGUUUUCAACGGCAUGCCCGAUGUCACCUACAGAACGACUUGGGUCGAAGUAAGCAUUUGGUAUUUCUAAAUAUUUUUUCUAAAACUUUCACCACGACAUGUCAGAACUCCGUUUUCAAAUGCCAGAACCCCCUUCAAAUGCCAGAAUUCCGUUUUCAAAUGCCAGAACUCCGGAGCUUCAAAUGCCAGAACUCCGGAGCUUCAAAUGUCAGAACACCGUUUUCAAAUGCCAGAACUCACUUCAAAUGCCAGAACUGCCUUUUCAAAUGCCAGAACUGCUUUUUCAAAUGCCCGAAUUCCGUUUUCUAGUGCCAAAACUCCCUUUUCAAAUGCCCAAAUUCCGUUUUCAAAAUGCCAGAACCCCGUUUUCAUAUGCCAGAACUCAAUUUUCAAAUGCCAGAACUCCGUUUUCAAAUGCCAGAACUCCAGUUUCAAAUGCCAGAAUUCCCUUUUCAAAUGCCAGAAUUCCCUUUUCAAAUGCCAGAACUCCAGUUUGGAAUGCCAGAACAACGUUUUCAAAUGCCAGAACUUAUAUAGCUUCGCUUUCAAAUGCAAAACUAGUUAGUAGCUCAGACUGGCCCUACCCUUACCUGAGUGACCUAAAUAUUACUCUAGGGACCCACUCCCAGUCCCACUGCAAACACACGUACUGGUGUGGGAGGAAACUGGAAAAUCCAGAGAUGGGCCGCGAUAUUCAGGCCAGAGUGUGAACUGAGAUUGUCUUUUUAGGCUCAAGAGCAACUACGAGACAUGCCUGUCUAUAAUGACGACGACAGAAUAAAAGGUACUGCUAUUAGUAGUUACAGUAAAUGUGGAGUAGAAAAUAUUAAUGUGGAGUCCAUUUUCCACCCUCGGUCUGAAUUUGUGUCCGAAGAGGCAUACCUUACAUCUGGCAGAUCAAGAGGCACAUUUUAAUGUUGGAGUCUAACCAUCAAACUGAGCUACAGAGACCACUUGUCGAGCUCUAACCACAAAUUAUACACUGGUUGGGUCUACUCUAAUAAGAAUAUAAAAUUCACAUUCGAAAUUUGCAUCUACGAAACUCUUCUACAGAUACCCUGAUAUUUCCCCAUAACCUUUCAACUGUAGUUUUUUAUGAUUAUUGGCAGACAUGGAUAAGGAGGACAUGUUGAUGGCGUAUGAGGAUCACAUCAGAGCUUUGGAACAGGAACAAGUGGAGGAAAAACAGAAAGAAAAGAAUAAGAAAAGAAGACAACAGCGAAAAAAUAGAGAAGGAUUUCUUGUAAGUUGAUUGAGGGUUGUUGCUUGUGUCGCUCAAAUUUUUGUCUCGUUCGGUUCCAUAUAAACAAGAAGAAAUGGGUUACUGGAGGACAAUCAAGGAUAUUACCCUUCUUACCAGAUCCAGGGUUCGUACUGACGUAUAAAACUUGAAUGUCCUUGAAUCUGACAACAAAAAUUCAAGGCCUUGAAUAUCCUUGAAAUAUCCUUGAAUUUAUAAAGAAGUUCUUGAAAAUCCUUAAAGACCAUGUAAAGUCCGUAAUGUAACAAACGCUUUGUUUACAUUUUGAACUCAGUACUACAGUUGUAAAAUAUGAUUAGAUAUAUAUUUUACUGAAUUUUUAACACUCUUCUGAUUGGCUAUGCUUGAAAAUGAAUGCAGACUAGAGAUUCAAUUCAAGAAAGUUCAAAAGAUACGAAAUAUUAACAACAUUACAACGGUCGGGUCCCGACCAUUGGAAUGUAAGCCUGCGCAGAACGUAUGCGCAGAACGGACUUUACAUGGUCUUUAAAUUCUUCUUGCUGAUUUUGCAUGUUCAUAUCUGACAAAGCUGUUUGAAAUUCAGUAAAGUUGUGCCCUUUUUGAACAAUUAAACGUCACAUUUUACUGAUUUUUAACGUCUCCUCUUCAGCAUUUAGUCUUUGAAUUUGCUGAUACAUGGCCUUUGUACGAACCUCACAUGUACAAACCCUGCUGAUCACUGUGUAAUUUUGGUGUACUUUUAGGCAUUACUGGACGAGCUCCAUGGCAGCAACCACCUCCAUUCAAUGUCGUUGUGGUCUGAAAUGUAUCCGACGAUUAGUUCUGAUCUGAGAUUUAGUAAGAUGCUUGGACAGCCUGGUAUGUUUACUCCAAUUAAUCAGGGGCCGGUUGUUCACAGCUGGAUUAGCGCAAGCUCUCGGUUAAAAUUGAACCUGCUGUUUUAGUUGAUGUAUUUCUGCACGUCUGUUUAUUUCAAAACUUCAGAAAAGAAAACUACCAAUCCAGAAGAGAUUUCUUAAGAAGAGAUUUCGCAAGAUUUUCACUCUUCCCAAAUAUCCCCUCCAGCCUACCUAAGUUGGGGGAACAGGGACACUAACCCACAUGCCUACAACAUUCACAAAGUGUACAAUGUGAAAAGGGACAUUGCACUUCCUACUGCUUUAGAAACCAGUAAUUCAUCUGUGUGAAAACUGAAAAGUACUGUAUAGCAAGAAUAUAUUACGCCAAUUGCUUCUUAUAUCCACAUAUUGGUUCCUGCUAUCGAGUUUUUAUUCUUCUUUAUAAUUGUAGGAUCGACUGCAUUGGAUUUAUUCAAGUUUUAUGUUGAGGACUUAAAGUCGAAGUUUAAUGACGAGAAGAGGAUUAUUAAAGAAAUAAUGAAGGUUUGUCAAGUUUGCCUUAAUAUUUGUCGGAAAUUAUUGGGGGGGGGGGGGGUUGCCCCUGCGGCCCUGCCCCCACCCAAUGUCUCCCACUGAUAUUUGUAGAAGAAGUCCUGCCACUUUAACCAGCACGGCAUUUAUGUUUGUUUUGAUCAACCAUUUUUAGGACGAGGAUUAUACAGUGGAAUUGAAGAGUAAAUAUGAAGAUUUCUACGCCUUGAUUCAAGCUGACGAUCGCUCGGCCACACUGGACCCUGGAAAUAUCAAAAUGACAUUUAAUAACGUUAGUACUUUAUUAUGGGUCUCUUAAGGCCCAUACAGACCUGACGCGAUUUGGCAACGCGACGCGAAUUUUCAGUUUUCAAUUACAUUUAACUGUAAUAUUUUUCAAUGUUUUUCAAAUAUUCGGAACCACUUAAGCAAUUUUAGCUGUUUGGUUUUUUGUUUAGGUUUGUGACAACUUGUGCGUUUUUACGUGUGUAGUUGACUCUUGGCUUUCCUUGUUUUAUUUCAGUUCCUGGAGAAAGCAGAAGCUCGUGAAAAAGAAAGAGUAAAACGAGAGGAAAGAGACGUAAGCAAAUAUUUUUAACAGACCCAGUGACGUUUGUAUUUUAUUUCUUCAUAUCCGAUUGUAUUAACUUUGAAUUGUUACAUUUUGUAUUUUUCUUCCAUAGCAACGUCGUCGCGAGACGUCGUUCAAACAGAUUUUAAAAAUUUCCACUCCUUCACUGGAUGAAAAUAGUUCCUGGGAUGAUGUAUGUUUGUUGAAUGUAUCUUCAAAUAUUUCUUAAAAUAUUGCAUACGUGCAGAUUUUAGUUUUAUGGAAAUAGUGAAGACAAGUUCACAUAAUUAUCAUGUUUCCACCAAACAAAAACAAUUAUACAAUUGAGUAUUUAUCUUAAAUGACUUCGGGAAAAUAUUUAACCAUACACUCUUAAUUGGGCCAUAGUUUUAAAUGACACUUCACAUCAAAUCUUCAAUCACUUUUCCGCAGUGACGAUUGUUUAUUUUUUUAUUAGGUACGCGAAAGAUUUGUCAGUGAACCAGCAUUCUUAGCGAUGACAGUGGAGUCUGAAAGAAUACGAUUGUUCAAGGAAUAUAUUUCUGCAUUACAACAGGUUAGAUGACGUGCGUUUGGUAAGUGUACAAAACAGACGUACACAGCUUCUCAACUUCUUUUGUUUAUUUGUGUAUUUCAGGAAUGUGGUCAUCACCACACGUCCAGAUCAACUCACAAGAAAACGAAGAAAACUAAAAAGCACAGAAAACGUUCAAGAUCACCGUCGGUACGAUUUUGUCUGUUUCAGUAUGGACGUCAUUACUUGGCUUGCUGUUACAGCAUAUUAUAUUUUUGUGGAGCCAUCUUAGUCUGGAAGAAGUUAUUUCGCUGACCUCAAAAUGACAUUUCGUUAAAACGUUUUUCUUCAAGAUUGGUUUGAAAACAAAGUUGGAGUAGGGUUCUAUAGGUUAGGAUUAGGGUUAAGGUUAGAAUUGGUGUUUGGAGUAGGGUUAGUGUUAGUAAAACCGUUGCUUUGUUACGUUUUGUCACUCUGAGGCCAAUUACAGCGCAGCAAUUAACUCCAGACUUAGAUAACAGACUCCACAUGAUUUUUGGAGUUGUUAGCCAGUUACUCCUACCCUGGAUCAGGGGUUUCCUGUUUCGCUGAAGCUGUGGCCUGUACUCAGACGGUGCUGGCCAAGCGUAAGUUACUGCAGGCUUAGAUAGCUGCACAUUAUUUAGACGUGUUUUAACUUGUGUAGGUUUCAUCCAAGUCAGAAGAAGAGUCUGAUAAAGAAAAAUCUCACAAAAGAAAGCGUCACAGGAAUAAAUCAAGAACACCAUCUGUGUCUUCACAAUCUGAGUCUGGUGAGUUAUAUACGUUUAAACCUGGAAGGGCUUGUAAUUACAGCCGAUCACCGGUCAAUGAUCGGCAAGAAAUUGCUUAAUUAUGAUCGGCGGAAAAGCAGGGUUUCCAACCUGAAAAAGCAGGGAAAGUCAUGGCUCCAGAUCACUAUGAUCGGGAACGUUAUUUCAAGCCCUGGGGUCCUGGUUUUCAUUUAAAGUACCAAUGCAGUAUUGUACAAUGUAGUACUUUGUUCUGUAAGUAAUAUCAUGUAAAUGUUUCGUAGUUAAGUUUUACACAACCUUUUAUUAAAAUGCGUGUGAAUAUAAAACAUGUUGUCAUUCUCUUUGUAGACAAAGACGUAUCAGGGAAGAAAAAACAUAAAAAAGAUAAAAAGGUAUAGUGUGCUAUAGUUCAUUUGUAGAAGGGUUUUUGUAGAUGGACAAAAAGAUUUUGUAGAUUGAACCUGCGAUUCCCGUGCAGCGCUCUAACCAACUGAGCUACAGAAAGACAGUUGUCGAACCGUAACCGCAUAUAAGUCUGAAUCAUUGACUUAAUGUCAUGUUUGUGGUUUAUUUAAUUCCCUCUUUUAUCUCUUUAUAGAAAACGAAGAAAAGACGUCGCCAUUCGGUAGGUUUAUAGAUGUUUGUUAUAUACAUGCUUUUAAGCGUGGGGGAUGUUAUUACAGCAGUUCUGUUCUGCCUUUUAGCCAUCAUCCGGUUCCGAAUCUGAUGAAACACGCAAAGACAAAGACCGUGAACGCGAAAAAGAAGAACGUGAACGCGAAAAAGAAGAACGUGCUCGCGAAAAAGAGCGUGAACAGGAAGAGAAAGAACGAAAGGAGAAAGAACGCGAGGAGCGCAAAGAACGUGAAGAACGCAAGGAACGUGAAGAACGCAAAGAGCGUGAAGAACGCAAAGAACGUGAAGAACGCGAAAAAGAACGUGCACGCGAGAAAGAACAACGCGAGCGCGAUGAGGAGAAAGCUCGCGAAAAAGAGCGAGAACGGGAAGAACGUGCACGUGAGAAGGAGCAACGUGAUCGCGAACACGAAGAACGUGAGCACGAAGAAGACGAUAGAGCACGCGAUAAGGAAACGAAGAAAACGAAAGAGGGAAAGAAAGAAAAACGAAGUGAGAAGAAGAAAAAAGAAAAGAAAACGGAAAAGAAACGGAAAGAAAAGUCUAGAAAAGAAUCUGACGAAUCACAAUCUGAGGAGGAAGUGCCAAAAAAGAAAAAGGUAGUUUAUUUUUUUUAUUAACUUCACAAUCAAUAACAUAUAUUAAUAAAUGAUUGAAGGAAAAGGACAACAGAUCUUAAAUAAGAUCCAAUUCAGUGCCACCAAAACACAAGUAGAAAAUGUAUUCACCAAAUAAUACAAAUAAAAAUAGGAAAAAUUUUAUAAAACGUCAACUUGGAUUCGAUUCUCAAAAACAAACGUGUUCGUUUCUCUUGUACUGCGCAUGCUUGUAAAUAUACGUUGCCAAAAUAUACGUUCUAAUAACAUCUUGACACUUUAUCUCACUAGUACUGUCUUUUGCUCUUAACAAAAUAUAUGUUUUUUUAUAACUUUUUAGAGUUUUUAUACUAAUUUUUACAGUUUACACGUUUACGUCUUUACGAACAAGUAAUGUCAAAGGAGCGACACUUUGUAAACAAAGAUUUCCAAGUUCUUGGUCGAUCGACAUCAAAAUCUAAGCUCACUUUAUUUAUACAGGAUAGCUCUGCCAUUUCUAAACUGUUCUUCCUAGUGGUCCAGUAAGGAUCAUCUCGUAUUGAUUACGCUUUUUAAUAAACAUUCCACAACAUAUAUUAUUCAUUCAAGUCUAAGAACAACAAACUAGAGAAUAUUUUUUAUUUCAUUAAUUUAUUUACCACGCCUUCACCAUACCGGCAUCAUUUAAGAGACGACAAAUAAUUGUUUGACUAUUAGAGGCUCAAAGAUUGUUCUUUUUUCUAGACCGAGUGGAAUACUUCAUCUAGCGAGAGUGAAAGUGAGCUACAGAAUAGAAGAAUAGCGUUACUACGUCAGCUACAGGAAUCAUAGCGACGACACUGUAGUAUACUGACAUUUCAACAAUCACUCUUUCAAGGCUAUGAUCAAUUUCCACUCGUGGAUAUUGCGUCAACUUUCCACUGGCGGCAGAGAAGAUAUGGUAACUGAUUUUAUUUUAAACGCAAGAUAGUUUUACAUUUUCCGAGGGGUCGUGCUCUGUAUACCUUCACAGCCAGGGAGAGCUGGUUUUAACACUGUUUUAAAUUGCGAGACAAAUGCUGUUUCAAAAACGUCUGCUGUUCUUUUUUCGUGGUUUUCAAUUAGUCAACAUUCGAGUUAAAACUGCGCAUUGAUUUGCAAAAAGUGACUUUUUGCUUCUUUUCAUUUGAUUUUAAUAUACGGAGUAUAAUUUUGUGAACUAUUGUAAUCUUCACAAAAUUUUGUAGUUCUUUAAGUUUGAAAUGCAAACACACCUUCAGCUACGCCCACACAAUGCGCGCUGAUUUUAGAUCAUCUUGAAUGUUUGAAAAAAUAUACGCAGAGAAAAUCACAUCUCUAAAGGCCUGAUUCCACGGGCGCUUUUUCUCGGCGAAAUGCGAAAUAUUUCGCCUGUUUCUUUUGAAUUGCGACCACUCGAAUAAAUUAUUUCUACUUGAUUGCCCACAAUUCAAAAGAAACAGGCGAAAUAUUUCGCAUUUCGCCGAGAAAAAGCGCCCGUGGAAUCAGGCCUUUAUACACUGUUUAUCGCUUAUAUACUAUACCGAACAUAACUAAACCUUUAAGUAUAUAGAAACUUUGUACAUCACUAAAACUUUCCAAAAGUUUCAAGAAAUUCUUAUAUAGUCUGUUUCAUAAUAAAGUCUGUUCGCUAAACUCUAAAAAUUUCUUUUGUGUCGUUGAGUCUUGAUCCGGGGACAAUGAUGACGUCAUCAGCAGAACUAAAAAUAAAUAGAAACAUAACCAUGAAUAGGUGAACGUCUCGCAAAGCACUAAGAUUGAUUGUAAACCACAUUUAAAACGCAUUAGACAAUGAUUUUAAGCAAACCUUCCAUCUGUUUCCACAUUCUUGGCAGUAAACGAAUGUCGUCAUCGGUUCGUCUGCACUUCGCGUUUGUACCUGGGGGAAAUUUGUAAAUACAACAC